ACCAGUUAUGAAUACACCCACACACGCAAUAUCAAUCAUGCAGACUGUUAUUCUCCUCGCGCUCCCACGCUUUGCGCUGACGGGGUUUCUCACGCCUACGAUUCACCGCCUCUCCUGAACCUCCAAACUCUGCUUAUUUUCUAUCAUCCUACUCCUCAUAUGGCCAUUUACAAAAGCAAUCUCAUGAUGGAGAAGCAAGCUCUGACUCUGAAAGAGUCAGAGUCCGAGGAUCAAUGUCCUUGGUCACUAUGGAGCCGAGCAAUAGGUGAAGAGAAUACCACCGAGAAUCGUUGUCCAGGUCAAAAUAUCACCCAUCCUAAAUGCUUAGGCAAAUGCGAAAGAUACGACAACUACAUCGCUGUGUACGCAUACCACGGAAUCGGGCCCACCCGGCAAGAUAAGCCGAUAUUGACCGACAAGAUAGAAUCAAAGUUCUAUGAAGCCAUCUUCGAAGAUGGCUGGGACGGCUUAACGGAAUCUUCUUCCUUGCCCCUUUCUCCGAAGAGGGUGGCUAAGGAAGUUGGUCCCUGCGUUGGAGUUUGGAACCAAGACUUGAUUCCAAAGUCUCUAAAGAGAACCUCAGAUGGCGAGAUGAAGCCUCCAUCACCAGUACGCCGCAACGGCGCCGCUGCUUACUUCUCUGGAGCUCUUCACGACGAAAGAGUGUAAAUUCUCUUCCAAGUCCGGGACUCGCAGUCAAAGCUGUCGUCGAUCAAGAACGUAGAUAUCGAUCCGAAAAUCGGCGAUAUCUACGAGGCUCGAGGGAUCGUCUGCGCGAACCACGACGCCGUUGAGACUCGGCGAGUCUCGGACUUCAAUAAGAGUUAUUCGUGAGAGAGAUUACCCGUCAAAAGAUCAUCAAAUGGAAGAACACAGGGACGAAUGGAGAGAUGGUGGCAAAGGAAGAGGAAGACCAGUUAACUGGCUUCCUGGAGAUGGAUUUGUUCGAAGAUGCAUUCGCUCGAGCCGAUAAGAGCCGGAAUGGUCACAGUCGGAAGCCAAAGCGUGGGAGCGCGAGGAGAAUAAUAGUCUACAUGCUUGCAAACCUAUUCAUUAAGCAUUCCUUUUAUCCCUAGGAAGCAGUAAUAUAAGGCUUAUCUUGGUGCUUCCCUGGUGGCUGUCAGGAGAACUAUGCAUAAUUACCCCCGAG